AUGACUGUCCAAGGACGAACUAUUCAAAACGAAUUUAACAGUGCUAUAAGCCUUAAACACAUCAGAGUUUCACUUUGCAAUCGAACAGUAAGUGAGACUCACGCUUUUCUUAAUGAAAAAAUAUUAAGUACGACUAGUGAAUCUUCACGUGUAAGGCUUGGUUCAAUAUCAUGUCUCCUAGACGAGCUUCUGGUAUUUGGCUGCAUGGAAUUCCACGUUGCGUUCGACCAUUAUUCAUCAAAAAAUACCACACUGAACUGCGCGAACGAGAGAAAUUGCAAAAAACAAUUCAAGGUGCUGGUUUUGUCUAAGAGUGGAUUGCCCGUAGCAUUCCUGGAUUGUGGCGAGAAGCAGUACUUGUUAUUACUUGAGAGACCUCUCGACAACAUUCUUCUUUUGCAGUGUUUGGAUGAUAUUAUUUAUGAUUCUACUGGCAAAGCACACGAAACUCUUUUUCCAAACCAUACAUUAUGCAGCAGUGUGCCACAUCUUAUGAAAUUAUUGUCAUCUUCUCGGGACAGAGCUAUAGUUAUGUUCAUUCUGAGUUCUAUAUUCUCAGCACGCGCUUUGAGAAUUGCUUUUGGUUUUCGUGAGCAUAUCGUCAAUAAAGCGGUAGAAGAUAUUCAGAGUUUUGUAGAAGAACUAGAGAAUCAACAUUUUAUAUCAAAUCAAGCUGAGAAUUUGCUGAGCCAAACAGUUUCUCGCUUGGAAGAAGAAAUAAAUUCAAGCGACCGACGACCAAACAAGAGGGUUCUUGAAGACAGCGAAGAUGACAUGGAAUUUGAAAUUAACAACAAAAGAGCUAGACUUCAACAUCUGAAAACAAAUAAAGUUGCUGUCAAGGAGAGAAUGGCGAGAAGACUUUUUCAUAAGUGGAAAAGGUCUUUAAGAUCCCAGAGGGGAAAAGGGCAAGGACGUUAUAGAAUUGAUCGUGGAGCAGAAAGUGCGAUCAACGAUAUUCUUUAUGAGCAAUCGAAAGCCCAUAAUCGAAG